GGGCUCCUUCUGAAGCCCGACUCCUGAUCAGUCUCUAGGAAUGGAAUGGAGGGGACUAAAGUGGAUGCCUUCGAGGGUCUUUCUCAGUCCUUGCACCUUCCACUUUGACCCUCCCCGCCGGCGGCGGCUCCGCGGGCUCUGGGGCGCAUCUUGGGGGCUCCGGGGCGGGCCGGGACGGCUGGCGGCGCAGCUCGGGGGCGGGCGGCGGCGGGUGCCGGGGACGCCAUGGCCCUCCGCCCUCCGCCCCUUUGUCCGCCGAGCCUCCCCCGGCCGCCCGCAAGCCCCUGGGGGUCCCCGCCGCGCGCGCUCCCGUGGGGUCCCCGCCGCCCCCGGCCCCAGCGGCGCGCUUCCCUCGGCCGGCCCAGCGCAGGCUCGCCCGCGGCCCCUGCCUCCUCCUGCCGUGGCUCCGCGACGAUCUGCGCGACGCGCGCCCCCUCCUCCCGACCCAUCCCGCCCGGCCCAGUGA